AUGUCGUCCCCACCACCGCCGGGCUACGUCCCCUCCUCAGCCAGCCACAAGCGCCGAAUCUCUUACACGCCGCAAUCGCAAAAGAAGCCGAAGACGCACUCGGCUCUACCGUCGCCACAGGCGCCGCAGCCAUCCCGCAAGAACUCGAUCUCUAUUCCACAGCAUCCACUCCGGCAGACGUCGUUUCCGCCUGAGCGCGUAGUGGACCGGGGCGCGGAGAAGGCCGAGAGUGUUAUCCACGGUACUGCAGGAGGAAAGGACGACGAAGACGAGGACGAGGGACGGGAUGAUUACGGUACCGAGACCGUCCUAGCAGAUGGAGGCACGGGAGGCUUCGUCGAGGACGACGAAGAGAAGAAGAAGAUGGCAAUCCUGCUCGAGGCAUUCGACGCGAGCCAGAACGCACGGUACGAAUCGUUCCGACGCGCGAACCUGAACAAGGCGGCGGUGAAGAAGCUGGCAAAUAGUGUGCUCACGCAGAGUGUUACGGCGAAUGUGGGGACUGUGAUUUGCGGUUUCUCAAAGGUCUUUACCGGAGAGAUUAUUGAGUUGGCGUUGCAGAUUCAAAAGACUUGGGGGGAUGAGGGCCCAUUGCUGCCGGAUCAUCUGAGAGAGGCAUGGAGGAGGUAUAAGGUUGAGCGACAGGGGGCGGUUGGGUUUCGUGGGGCGGUGGGCGGUGGACAGCCGGCUGCUACCGGCGGCGGUGUUGGGGUCGGUGAUUCGGUCGGUGGUGGGGUGGGCAGGCUGUUCAGAUAGAGACGAGACCUGCAUAUGGACUGUAUUUUAUAGGGAGCACGGAGUUCUCUUCUUAUUUGCUUUGGAUUGGAUAUGGGGAUUUGAUGGGAAUGAAAGUUUUAUUUGGCCUGGGCUACUGUCACUCGGAAUCAAUGUCAUGACACCGGUGCU